AUGACGAUAAGCGAGCGAUACACCAAAGUGAAGCAGACUGGCCUUUGCUUUAAUUGCCUACGACGAGGUCAUCGUACUGGAGAAUGCAACUCGGAUAGAACGUGUAAAACAUGCAAACGAAAGCAUCAUAGUUUGCUCCAUGAGAACAAGACCACAGCUCCACAAUUUGGAGUAAGCCAGUCAUCCGCGGUAACAUCAUCAGUCCCAGAAGAACAUUGUGAAGUCGCUGGACAAGCACCAGGAAGUGUCAACUGUGCUCGAGCGGCAACGACAAAGCAAGUGCUUCUUUCGACGGCAGAGGUAGAAGUAUAUGGUUCUGGGAAUAACCGCCUAGCAUGCCGGGCUUUGUUGGAUUCCGGAUCUGACUCGCAUCUCAUCAGUGAAGCAUUCGCGAGGAAGUUGAAUAUACCAAUGGAGCGCGUUAACAUUCCAAUCAGCGGAGUGAAUAAUGCUGCGACACGAGUCAAGCACAAGCUUCAUACCACGAUUAGCUCACGUGUCAAUCCAUUCGUCGUUGAUUUGGAUUUCCUUGUCGUACCGACGAUAACUGCGAAUCUGCCCAUCACCAAGGUGGACGUGCGUUCUUGGAUCAUUCCUGAUAAUCUUGCGUUGGCAGACCCAUCGUUCCAUACUCCCGACGAAAUCCAAAUGAUUAUCGGUGCUGAACUAUUUUUCGACCUGAUCAAGACCGGCCGCAUGAAACUUGCUGAAGGAACGCCUACGUUAAUCGAAACACAGCUGGUUUUGGGAACUCGAAACCUGCAUAGAAGCAUCUCCAUAUACGCCAGCGAACAAGCCAUCGAGGAACACUACGAGCGAACGACUUCACGCGACGAAAGUGGUCGGUACAUUGUCAAACUGCCGUUUAACCAAAACAAGAGCCAACUUGGUGACUCUUUGGAAACGGCACGAGUACGAUUCAACCGACUACUGAGAUCUUUCGCAAACGACGAGAAGAAAAAACGCUACACCGAAUUCAUGGAUGAGUACCUAGAAUUAGGCCAUAUGGUGGAAGUGCAUGACAAACCCGAGGAUUGCUACUUCUUACCCCACCAUGCUGUCUAUAAGGAGUCAAGCUCUUCGACAAAGAUUCGUGUAGUUUUCGACGCUUCGGCUAAGACAACAUCUGGUCUAUCAUUGAACGACGCUUUAGGAGUUGGACCAACAGUGCAAAACGAUCUCAUCACGAUAUUAUUACGAUUCUGCUGCUACCCUGUGGUACUGACAGCGGACAUUCCUAAAAUGUACAGGCAGGUACAAGUACACAAAGACGACAGGAAAUACCAGCGCAUUUUGUGGCUCAACACGAACAACGAGAUGGCAACAUUCGAGCGAACCACCGUGACGUACGGUUGCGCCAGUGCACCCUAUCUGGCAACCUCGUGGAUGUGUGGAUACCUCGGUCCUGUGACGACGACAGCGAAACUGCUGAUGCAGGACUUAUGGAGGCUCAAAUUGAAUUGGGACGACGAGCUUCCUAACGAGCAAAACGAACUGUGGACCACAUUCCGAGAACAGCUUCCAUUGGUUAACGCGCUACGAAAGAAACGGUGUGUAAUCACAAGUGAGGCAACAACAUUGGAGCUACACGGAUUUUCGGACGCUUCCCAGCGUGCAUACGGGGCAGUCUUGUACACUAGGUGCAUCUCCCCUAAUGGAACUGUGAGCGUUGAGCUAGUUUGCAGCAAAUCGAGUGGCUCCCUUGAAGCCAAUGACUAUUCCUCGUCUGGAAUUAUGCGGAACACUGCUUCUGGCACGUUUGGUGGAGAAAACGAUUUCGGCGAUGAAAAUACCUUUCUCGAAAGUGACACUCCACACUGA